UUCCUAGCACUUCAUUGUUUUAUCUUUAUUCUGCCUACAAUACAAAUGAUUAAAUUGUAAUUCUGUUUUAUUUCCUAUAUGUUCUGAAUUAACUUUUAAUUAAUUUCCAUCGUUAAUUUACACUUCUAAUCAAAUAGUGAAUAUUGGAAUGUUUCCGUUCUAGGUACUUCGAUUUGUUCAAAUUUUAAAUUUAAACACUUAAAGAUGGACAAGUAUGAAGGUUGGGGAACAACCGAAAAAACCGAAUUUUUGUCAAAAUGUCAUGAAUUUGUUAAAAAUUCUAAAUCUGAAUUUUCAUUAACGAUUACAACUAAUGGCAAUCCUACUGAUUUGGCCAAAGCUAUUCUCUCACUGUUAAUAGCAUGUAUUAAAGGAAAAAUAAAAACAAACCUUGGUUUAUCUAUUUUAAGUGAUCUAUGUUCAAAUGAAGAAAUAGCUUCUGUUGUAAUGGAUGUCUUCAAUUACUUAGAUACUGACACAGCCCUUUCAGAUAACGGAGGACCAGAAAGAGAAUAUUUUGGAAAUUUUGUCAAAGAAUCGCAAAAGUUAUUGACUGAUAAAUUACUUAAAGAACGAUUAGAAAUUGAUUCGUUAAAGGAUAUAAAGUUAUUAAAUAAUGUUUUUUCUACAAAAUUUAUUAAAAUUAAAACUAAACUUUUCUACAAACAGCGAAAAUAUAAUUUAUUUCGUGAAGAAUCUGAAGGCUAUUCUAAAUUAGUUACAGAAUUAAAUUCUGAUAAUAUGGAUCCUAAAAUCAUGGUUGAAAUUAUUAAAUCAUUGAUUGGUUGUUUCAACUUGGACCCAAAUCGUGUGUUAGAUAUAAUUUUAGAUUCGUUUGAACACCAUACAGAUAAUAAAGCCGAACAUUUUUUUAUUCCAUUACUACAUGAUUAUAUGCCUGAAUCACAGAGGCUAACUGAAGUAUUGGCAUUUAAAUUACGACAAGUGAAUAAUUUAACUCGCUCAUCUUACAGAUUGAUUGCUUUAUUAAUUCAAUACAAUUUAAUUGGACUGGAUAACAUUUAUCCUUGGUUAACUCCAGAUGAUAAAGAUAUUAAAACAAAUUGGGAAAAAGAUAUAAAAAAUGGACAAGACUAUUUGAGGAAAGCAUCAAGUAUGAUCAUAACAAAAGCACCGGAAUCUGAAACUCCUGAUGAUAAUAUUCAGCCUAAACCUGAAGAAAAUCAAAAAUUUUGUUUGUGUGAAGCUAUGUUAGAAAUUGGGGAUUGGAAUACUGCUCAAGUAUUAAUUAAAAGAUUCCCAGAAUACUAUGCUGUAGAGUAUCCUCCUAUUGGUGAUGCACUUUGCUCUCUUAUAAAUCAAGUCAUUAAACCUGUUUAUAAUCAGGUUUUUAAUCUUCAUUCAAAAUCUGUAAAACAUUCAACUGAUGAUCAACCAAAUUCACGUUCUCUUAAACAUGUUUUAACACUAGAAGAAUUUCAUGAUGUAGUCUUACCUAUGUUAAUAACAUUAGGUCCUGGACUACACCGUGAUCCUGUUCUCAUGUUUAAAAUUGUCAGAAUUGUUAGAGAGGCAUUAACUAAUGAAGGGAUUAAAAAUAAAGAUUAUACUCCAUCUGAAACGGGUUUUUAUUUUGACACUUUAUCAUUAUUGGAUCGUGUCUUAUUACCUACUCUUUCAUUAGCAGAAGGAAGUAGUAUUUCAGAACAUCUGUGGACUUUAUUGCAACUUUAUCCUUAUCACUGCAGGUAUGCUCUUUAUAACAGUUGGAAAAAUGAUACGCACAAAUAUCAUCCAAAAUUAUUAACAAAGAAAGUUGAUGUACAGAAAAAAGCUAGAUCUGUAAUGAAACGUCUUUGCAAGGAUAACACCAAACCAUCUAGUCGUGUUAUUGGAAAAAUAUCACAUUAUGCACCUGGCUAUUUAUUUGAUUAUAUACUGGGACAAAUUCAAGUAUUUGAUAAUUUGGCUAGCAUUGUAGUUGAAUGCUUAAAGUACAUGACAAGUUUGUCAUUUGAUGUUCUUGGAUAUUGUAUUGUGGAAACAUUAGGCAAAAGUGGCCAAGAUCGAGUUAAACAUGACGGUACUUCCAUUUCAGUGUGGCUUCAAAGUACAGCAUCAUUUUGUGGUGCCAUAUUUAAAAAGCACCCUGUAGAACUUACGGGGAUUCUUCAAUAUGUAGCCAAUCAAUUAAAAACAGAAAAUAGUUUGGAUCUUCUUAUACUUAAAGAAAUUGUGUUGAGAAUGGCUGGUGUUGAGGUUAUGGAACAAAUAACUCCUGAUCAAAUUGAAGCUAUGUCAGGUGGUGAUUAUCUAAAAACUGAGGCUGGUUACUACAAUCAGAUUAGAAAUACAAAAAAAUCAUCUAUUAGACUGAAAGAAUCAUUAUUAGAUAAUAAUUUGGCUGUUGCUUUAUGCCUGUUAAUUGCUCAACAAAGGCAUAGUGUUAUUUAUAAAGAACAUGAAUCUAUUCAUAUCAAACUUGCGGGGCAGCUCUAUGAUCAAUGCCAAGACACAUUGGUUCAAUAUGGUACAUUUUUGGGGUCUACAUUUUCAAUGGAAGAGUAUAUCAACCACUUGCCAUCUGUACACGAUUUACUUGAUCAACAUCAUGUUCAUAUGGAUGUUGCAUUUUUUCUAGCUAGGCCUAUGUUUAAUCAUUCCAUUAAUACUCGUUUUGAUGCUUUGCGUAAAGCUGACCCCAAUGCAAAAAAGUCCUUAGCUGUGCGGCAAAACAAGUAUGCAGAAGCUCAUAAAGAAGUGAUGUCAUCUAUUGUCAAAUCUGUUGUACCACUCCAUCCUGAAAAGGUGUGGGAAGAUGUGUCACCUGGGUUUUUAGUCACAUUUUGGUCAUUGACUUUAUAUGACUUAUGUGUUCCAAACGAAGCUUAUAAACGAGAAAUUAAUAAACUGAAAGCUCAGUCUUCAGCAAUGGGAGAUUCUAAGCAAGCGAGUACAAAAGUAAAAAAAGAACAAGAACGAUUAGCAAUUACCAUUGCUAAAUUGAACGAUGAAAAGAAAAAACAACAAGAACACGUUGAAAAAAUAUUCUUUAUGUUGAAUCAGGAAAAGGAUUCCUGGUUUUUAUCUCGUUCAGCUAAAGCAGCAAAAAAUGAAACUAUUACUCAGUUUUUACAGUUGUGUUUAUUUCCCCGUUGCAUUUUCACACAUAUGGAUGCUAUGUAUUGUGCUAAAUUUGUUCAAACAUUACAUUCAUUGAAAACGGCUAAUUUUUCGACUCUUUUAUGCUAUGAUAGAUUGUUUUGUGAUAUAACAUAUUCAGUAACACUCUGUACAGAAAAUGAAGCACAUCGUUAUGGUAUAUUUCUUAAUGAAAUGUUAAAAAAUGUAACUCGUUGGCAUUCAACCAAAGAUAUAUUUGAAAAAGAAUGUGCUACUUAUCCUGGUUUUGUGACUAAAUGUAAGAAUAGUGAUCAAUUUGUUCAAUCUAGUAAUGAUCAUGUAGGAUAUGAAAACUUCAGACAUGUUUGUCAUAAAUGGCAUUACAAGAUUACUAAAGCUAUGAUGGUUUGUUUAGAGUCAAAGGAUUAUGUACAAAUUCGUAACUCGUUGAUUAUUCUAAUUAAAAUUGUCAAUCAUUUUCCGGUUUUGGCAAAAUUAGCUACAUUAAUUGAAAAAAAGGUAGAAAAGGUAAGAGAAGAUGAAAAGGAUAAACGUCAAGAUCUCUAUACUUUAGCAACAUCCUAUUGUGGACUACUCAAAGGUAGAGCUAGUCAAUUUCUUAAGGACAGUGAUUUCCAUCUGGUCCACGAAAAGGUAAGUCAAAUAAAAAACAUUGUUGAUAAUAAGUCUGAUGUAACAAAACAUAAUCAAUCUAUUAAGAAAAAAGAUGAAGACACAGUUCCUGAAGCCAAAACCCCACCACUGCCUGUUAUUAAAGUUAUUAAUGGAACAUCAUCAACAGAAUGGGUUGAAGCUGAAAAAAAGAUUAUUGAUAACAAAGCAAAAACAGAAAAACGACCUAUCAAAAUCACAAAUGCUGAAAAAGUCAAUGAAAAAGUUAUAGUACAAGAGAGUAUCACAGAAACUUUGAAGGAAGAAAAAUCUGAUGAAUCAAAUGAAAAGAAAAGAGAAAAACGACAAAGAGAUGAUAAUAUUGACAGAGUAAAAGAUUCUUGGACUGAUGUAGCCAAAACACAAAUACUUACUGCUGGUCCAGGUAGUCAACCUGCCAAUAAUCAAAAUAAAGUUCAGAUCCCGAGGAUUAAUUUAUCACAAAUAUCGAUUAAUAUUGUAGAUGUGGCGAGUAAUGGUUCUCACACUGCUGACGAAAAAGAUAUAAAACGAAAAAAAUUGGACACCAGUCCAAUUACGAAGCAGCUCAUGAAGCAUAAUCCUGACGUCAAAUCUGAGACAAAUGGUUCAACUUUGAUAGAAAAAAAAGAUAAGAAGAUUAAAAAAUCACAAUCUGCUGAUUCAACAUCACUAAAGGAAACUCGGAAAGAUCGUAAAUUAAGCCGCAAACGACAUGAACGACGUGAAGAAACUACUCCUGAAUUGAAGAGACGUAAAGAAGAUGAGAAACAUGUAAAAUCAUCAGCUGAUCUUCGUCACGAUGACAUGGUGGGUGAUAAACACCGGUCUAGUAGAGAAAAAUCUCCUCAUCCGAAAGAAUGGUCCGAACGAACUGAAUCACGCCAUAAAAGGCAUAGGACGGGCGAUAAAAGGAAGUGAUCAAUUUUUUUUCGUCUACAUCAACAUAAUUAUGAAUAUUGUCAUAUAAAAUUGUGAAUAAUUAUUGUAUUUUAAUAUUAUUUCCAUUGUAUUUUAUCAUUUUAUUUUUAUUUUGUUUUUUUUUUUUUUUUUGUUAAUUUGUAUAAAUAAAACAUUUUCUCACGAUUGUAAUAUAUUUAAGAUUAUGUACGCUCAUCUAA